AUUGACAAGAUUCAUUUUCUGGGACUUGUAACAUCCUCUUACACGUGUUAGAUACGUAGAUGCGUAGAUGCGUAGAUACGAGAUACGUUUUAUUUUGUUGAAACGAUACGAAUUAAGCGUUAAAAGCGAGUCACAAAGAGACGGUUAUUACUUGCGAACCGGAAAUUAAACGCUGCUUGAGAGCACCAAAAGCGUCGUGGCUAUACGAGUGAAUCAUAUUUGCGCAUAGGUAUUCGUGUCAUGAAUUUAUCAUUCGAAAUGCGUCUUUCAUUAACUCUAUAUUUAUUAAUGUGAACCAAACGCAUUUUAGAAAGUAUUAAUUAAAUCGAAACGAGUUUUCUUUUGUGCUCUGUUUGCUAUAAUAUUGGACAUAUUUCAUAAGGAACAUACAUAUUGUUCUUAUUAUAUGUAUAUUAUACUAUAUGAGUAGACAGUCAAAAUGAACGUCAAUUUGAAUUACAAUAAUUAUGAAAGAAGAGUGGCCAGAGGAAGAGGGAUAGCUCGAAGCAAUUUACCUGCGAAUAGGUGCCUUUGCCAUAGACCAUACACUAUCGUGUUAUGUAAUGUUUGUGGUUACUGGACAAGGGGCAGAGUACGUUACUUUUGUCCAAUUCAUCCACAGGUAGUUUUUUUGUUUGACAUUCCACAAUGUCCCCAAUGUAAAUCUUAUGGUUUUAUGUUGAGCGAAUAUUGAAUCAUCUGAAAACAGAAUGUAUACCUUGCAUAAUAGUAUAUGAAUUACAUAAUAAUACGUAAUACAUUAUACUAUACAU